CGCUGCGGCCGCCAUUUUGCUGGAAGGGGGGGCGCGUCUUACUUCCCGACUCCGUAUCCUAUCCCAGCGGCAUCGCGGCUCCCCACGACCUCCGAUCUAUGAGCCUUCCCCUACCCACAAGACUCUUCCUGUUGCGCUCUGAUUUCAGGACUUUCUCCACAACUAGGCUGUUUUCCCUGCCCAGGUGUCCUUUUGACCUCUUGACCUCUGACUCAAAGGUUAGCUCUAAGGUUCCAAACUCGGGUCUGGGAUGCGAAGGGGCGAUCUAUUCUAAAUUCCCCAAGUCUUUAGCACUGGGGCCGUAAAUCCGACGCUUUUGGUGCCUCGUCCCAGGUCUGCGCUUUCAUGUCCUGAAAUUGAACGCCAGGUUUCCGAAUCUAGCCAGGGAUAAGAAGUUAACUCCUACUAAGUGUCACUCCUUGAGCCCUGCAUCCCAACUUAUACCACAAAUCUGGUUGUACAUUAAAGGACCCCGUUAACCCUCAGAUUCCUUGUGGUUUAAGUCAGCCUCAAUCCCAGCUCCCAAGGUUCCAGAUUUUAGCCCUGGUAUUUUCAGUCCCACUGCUCAGGCCCCAAAAUCUGGAACUCAGUUCUAAAACCUUAAAAACCUCCAUCCCUGCGACCAGCACCUUUUGGAGGAUCCUUCCCUCUCGCAUUCUCCAUCUUCCAACCCAAGUCACAGACCCCAAAAUGAUUUCUCCAUGCUCUCCUUCUUUAGAGCCACCAAUUCCUCCUCCUCAAACCCCUGCAUCCCAGGCCCCCAUAAUUCCACCUCCUCCCCUACCCCCAAACCUCCCGGAAUUAGCUUUUCCACCCUCUCCCUCAAGUCUCCAGACCCCUAUUCCCCCACCACCCCCACUGCCGCCUCCACCCCCUACCACCAGGUUUUCUCCCCCUCACGUCUUCGGCUUGGAGAAGAGCCAGCUCCUGAAGGAGGCCUUGGAGAGGGCCGGCCCAGUCCCCAGGAGCGGAGAGGACGUGAAGAGGCUCCUGAAGCUGCGCAAGAACCGUUUCAGAAGUGACCUGCAGUGGAUCCUCUUCUGUGCUGACCUGCCCUCCCUCAUCCAAGAAGGCCCUCAGUGCGGGCUGGUGGCCUUGUGGAUGGCAGGCACUCUCCUGGCACCCCUCAGCGGCACCCCCCUGGAGAGACUGGUGCAGGUGGCCAUGGAGAGAGGUUACACGGCCCAGGGGGAGAUGUUCUCAGAGGUGAUGGUCAAGGCGAAAGUUAUAGGCGUUGAUUCCCGAAAGCCUUUGGCAUGGUGCCAGGCACACAGCGCUCACUCUUUCUGUGUCUGCUCUGUCCCUGCAGUGACUGACAUGGGCAGGCUGGCCCGAGAGGCACUGGGCUGCCAGGCAGAGGUGCUCUACGGCGGCCUGGGUGGUCCCAACAGAGACCAUGUCCUGCAGCACCUUGUCGCCGGACAUCCCCUGCUUAUCCCCUAUGACGAGGACUUCAACCACGAGCCGUGUCAGAGGAAGGGCCACAAGGCCCACUGGGCAGUGAGUGCAGGGGUCCUGCUGGGUGUGCAGGGUAUGCCCAGCCUCGGCUACGAGGAGGACCCUGAGCUGCCAGGCCUGUUCCACCCAGCACCCGGCACGCCCCGCCAGCCACCAUCCCUGCCAGAGGAAGGCUCCCCAGGAGCCGUCUACCUUCUCGCCAAGCAGGGCAAGAGUUGGCACUACCAGCUGUGGGACUACGACCAAGUCCGGGACAGCAACCUGCAGCUGACGGACUUCUCGCCCUCUCGGGCCGCCGAUGGCCGGGAGUACGUGGUGCCCGUUGGUGGGGUGCGGGCCGGCCUCUGCGGCCAGGCCCUGCUCCUCCGACCACAGGACUCUGGCCACUAGCCUGCUGCAGCCCCGAGCCAGAGUGACGGGGCGCAGCCACAGCUCAGCUGUGUUACCAUUCACAGAGUGCCCCAUCUUCUCCUCUGUACGACAGCCUGGGGGCCUGGGCUGGAUCUCUGAGGACCUCCAACCAGAGAUCUUUCAUGCAGGGUCCCCCCCGACUCCAUCCAGUCCCAGUCCUGGGCCUCAGCUCCCCCAAGCCCGUCCCCCAGUAUUGAGCACCUACUCUGGGCUGGGGUUAUAGCCAGGAGCCCCACAGACAAGCUCCUUCUCUGCAAGGGAGAGACCGGCAACCGCUCAGACCCCAGGGCUUGUCCACCCCACCUCGGUGUUGCAGCCACCUGUUUCUGGCUGCUGCCCGCCGUCUCUCUGGACCCCUUGCUGCUUCCCAGUGUCUGUCCAUGUGGAGCCAGGGAAGCCUUUUAAAACGCAAACCAGGGACUUCC